GCUUUGUGCGGUCCGGAGGUCUUCGCGUCCCGGUGUUUCUACGUGCUCGGCGUUUUCUCGUUUCAUCACAUUCGUUAACGGGUCAAAAUGCAAAUCUUCGUGAAGACCCUGACCGGCAAGACCAUCACCCUGGAGGUGGAGCCCAGUGACACCAUCGAGAACGUCAAGGCCAAGAUCCAGGACAAAGAGGGCAUCCCCCCUGACCAGCAGCGACUCAUCUUUGCUGGCAAGCAGCUGGAAGAUGGCCGCACUCUCUCCGAUUACAACAUCCAGAAAGAGUCCACUCUGCACCUGGUCCUCCGUCUCCGGGGUGGCAUGCAGAUCUUCGUGAAGACCCUGACCGGCAAGACCAUCACCCUGGAGGUAGAGCCCAGUGACACCAUCGAGAACGUGAAGGCCAAGAUCCAGGAUAAAGAGGGCAUCCCCCCUGACCAGCAGCGACUCAUCUUUGCCGGCAAGCAGCUGGAAGAUGGCCGCACUCUUUCUGAUUACAACAUCCAGAAAGAGUCCACCCUGCACCUGGUCCUCCGUCUCAGGGGUGGCUAUUAAUUCUUCAGUCUG